AUGUCAUCCCACCAAGCCUCCGGCCAAGUCACGCUCGCCGCCAGCGGUGUGUGGCUACACAAGGUGCCAUCUGCGAUGAGGAGGUCACCUACAUUCACCACGACGUACUUCACAAUGCGCAGUAGCAAGAUCUUCAUGACAUACUGUACCGACGGCAGUCUUCGCGAGGGGCUCAAAAGCGACCGCGAUCUGGAGAACUUUCGCUAUACAUCUUUCCGUUGUACAGUGCUGUAUGAUUCGGGACUCGCCAAAGUGAAGUCUUGCAACCCUCGCCUUCGGGCACACAGGCUCGAAACGGUUCCUACCACCAAGGCCAACGCCACUCAAAGGGCUGCGCGUGCGGGACGCACGAAACCUGGUCUCUACGUUCGACUGUAUACAGAGGACUCAUUCGAGAUUCUGAAAGAGAUGCCGCCGCUCCAGGUGUCUCCCGGAGACGCGACGCGGACUAUUGUGGACCUGUUGGUGCUGGGACAGCACGUUCGCAAGUUCGAUAUCAUCGACCCUCCCGGCGAUUAG